AUGUUGCCUCUAAAAGAGAACCGUCUCCCGCAAUCCACCAAUAAAGCCGACAAUGCGGAGAAGAUCCCGAAGCGGCGUAGGAAGCCCGCUUUUGAGGGAAGGAUAGAAACCGCUGUCUUCGAGGCCACAGAUGACGGUGUCGUGGACAUUAAGACUUCCGUUGAACAACUUCAGCCAGAUGCAGAGGAAGUGGCGGGUGAGAAAAGAUCACACUGGGAUGACUUGCUUAGCCAUACCAUCUCCGUCGACGGUGAACGCAUCCCGGGCAAAUUACUCCAUCAGUGCAGUAUCGAAGUGAGUAGGCGACUUAAGUUCAGUUAA